AUGUCUGGACUAAAGGGUGUCGGACUGCUGCUGCUGUGGGGCAGCGCCUGCCUCGGGCUGCCUGGCCUGGCCCGUGGGGCUCUGGUCAUCUCCGGGGACCAUGAAGCUCUGCAGGAGACAAGAGGAGCUGCUAAAUCAUUGCAGAAAAGAAGCACAAAUGAGGCCAUGGUGGAGGUGUUCAGUGUGAGAGUGGACUGCACUGUGACGUCUCGUUUCGCCCACACCGUCAUGACCUCCAAGGCUCUGAACAAAGCAAACGCCUCCCAGGAAAUCUUCUUCGAAGUGGAUCUGCCCAAGACCGCCUUCAUCGCCAACUUCACCAUGGAAAUUGAUGGUCAGACGUAUGUUGGGGCGGUGAAGGAGAAAGAGAAAGCCAAGAAACAGUAUGAGAAGGCAGUUUCCUCUGGACAGACUGCUGGACUGGUCAAGGCUUCUGGAAGAAAGAUGGAGAAGUUUUCAGUGUCUGUCAACAUCGCAGCCAAAAGUAACGUGACUUUCAUUCUGACCUACGAGGAGCUCCUUCAGAGGAAAAAGGGCCAGUACGAGAUUCUGACUCGAAUUAAACCCAAACAACCGGUGCAGGAGUUUCAGAUUGUGACAAACAUCUAUGAGCCUAAGGGCAUUUCUUAUGUGGAUGCCCAUGCAACCUUCCUCUCCAAUGAGCUGCUCCCUCUGGUGGUGAAGACCAUCACAGACAACAAGGCACACAUCUCUUUCUCACCAACUAUGGAGGAGCAGAGGAAGUGUUCAGAUUGUGAUGGAACAAUCAUCGACGGAGAUUUUGUCAUCACGUAUGACGUGAACCGAGCAAAGAGCCUCUGGGACAUUCAGAUUGUGAACGGAUACUUUGUGCACUUCUUUGCUCCCCCUGACCUGCCCAGAGUCCCAAAGAAUGUGGUAUUUGUGAUUGACAGGAGCGGAUCAAUGAGUGGAGGAAAGAUGGCACAGACACGAGAGGCAAUGCUGGCCAUCCUCAAAGACCUCCACGAGGAAGACCACUUUGCCCUCAUUCAGUUUGAUAACAGAAUCGAAUCUUGGAGGAACUCACUUACCAAAGCAACCAAGGAAAAUGUGUCUGAAGGCAUGGCUUACGUCAAAAAGAUACGGGAUAAUGGAUCAACCAAUAUUAAUGAUGCAUUGUUGAGAGCCGUGAACAUGCUGCUCGAAGACAGGAAGGAGAAGAAGCUCCCAGAGAGGAGCAUCGAUAUGAUUAUUUUACUGACUGAUGGGAUGCCAAAUGAUGGAGAGUCUAGAAUCCCGAAUAUCCAGGCGAAUGUUCGUUCUGCUAUCGGAGGAAACAUGUCUCUGUUCUGUCUUGGAUUUGGAAAUGAUGUGGAUUACUCCUUCCUGGAUGUGAUGAGCAGACAAAACAAGGGAGUGGCUCGGAGAAUCUUUGAGGGUUCAGAUGCGGUCAUUCAACUUCAGGGUUUCUAUGAGGAGGUGUCCAGCCCUCUGCUUUUGGAGGUGGACCUGCGUUAUCCUGAGAACGCAGUGGACUCCCUGACUACUAACCACUUCAGCCAGUUGUUUAACGGCUCAGAGAUCGUGGUGGCCGGGCGACUAACCGACAAUGACAUGGAUAACUUCAUGGUGGAAGUGUUCGCUCAGGGGUAUGAGGAGGACUUCAAGGUGCAGGGCCAGGCCAGUGCUGUGGAUUGGGAUGUGAUGUAUCCAAAUGAAGAGUACAUCUUUGGGGAUUUCACAGAGCGUCUGUGGGCUUACCUCACCAUCCAGCAGCUACUGCAGAACAGCAAGACUGCUUCCCCACAGGAGAAUUCCAACGCCACUGCCAAGGCCCUGGACAUGUCUCUGCGUUACAGCUUUGUCACCCCUCUCACCUCCAUGGUGGUCACCAAGCCUGAAACUGAGGACGGAACAGACAGCCCUCUCAUCGCUGACAAACUGACUGAAGAGCAAAGACAACAGGCAGAAAGAGUUUCAUAUCGCCAUUCACCCGUUCAGUAUUCUCGCGCACCAACACCCACAUACUUUGUGGAUGGAGAUCCUCAUUUCCUGAUAGAGCUCCCUGACAGGAACGACGCUCUGUGCUUCAACAUCAACGACAAACCAGGAACCAUUUUCAACCUGGUCAGGGACCCGAAACAAGGUAUCUUGGUCAAUGGCCAGAUCAUCGGAGACAAGAAGAUUCCCCCGGAUGGUAAAAUUAAAACCUAUUUUUGGCGUUUUGGCAUCGUCCAUCAGUCUCUGGGGUUGAAGCUGGAGGUGAGCACUCAGGACAUCUUGGUGCUCCAGGAUGGCAAACAGGUCAAACUGCUGUGGUCUGAUACAGCUUCUGUCAAAGGACCCAAUGUGGAUCUUCUCUUGACCAAGGAUCGCAGCCUAACAGUAACUCUAAAGGAUUCGGUCAAGUUUGUCGUCCUGCUACACAAAGUAUGGGCGAAGCACCCGUACCACCGGGACUACUUGGGUUUCUACACCCUGGACACCCACCUCCUGUCCCCGUUUGUUCACGGCCUGCUAGGUCAGUUCUACCAUGGGAUUGACUAUGAGGUGUCAGACCUGCGUCCAGGUGAAGUCCCAGAGAAACCGGACGCCACCAUGUUUGUGAAAGGCCAGGAGCUCAAUGUGACCAGAGGCUGGCAGAGAGACUUUCGGAGAGACGUGAAGAACGGAGAAAACAUUUCUUGCUGGUUUGUUCACAGUAAUGGAACCGGCCUCAUCGAUGGAGCUGCAACAGACUACGUCAUGUCAGGCCUUUUUAAAACGGUUUAAAAAUGGUUAGCUACACUAUGUCUGCCACAGAAAUAAGAUAUAUUUAAUUCAUACUCAUAUUCAAAUAUGCCUGUACUUACACCAUGAAUGCUCUGACAUCUUGUACUCAGAAGCAAACAGACUUAAUUCACAGCAUUGUAUGGACAAUUUCACAGUUUCUAUCAGUGUCAUUGCUGGACUUAUAAGAAUGGGAAGUAACACAAUCCCAAAAUAGUGAGAGGGACUGGGAGACAGCCUCAGCAAUCACUUGUAUUUUAAUAAAU